UCCUACCCUAUCUGUGUUGGUGUCCUCUGUGAUUUCGAUUUUUCUCUUAAUCCAUAAUCCAUAGAGCAAUGUUAAAUAUUUAUUAGUACGUCUCAAACUAAAGUUAGUAAUUUUGCACGGUUUGCAUCUGCAAAGCACUUACGUUUCGUUUGUUCAGAAGUUUGAUAGCAUAUUUGUGACCGUCUUUUUCAUCGAGAACAAAAUAAGUGAACAUGGCUAAACCUAAAAAGGACGAUACAUCCGAAGAAGCGAAGAAAAUAGUUGACGAUGCGAAGAAUUUUAUUGAAAAAGCUAUAUCAGAUAUAGGAAAAACUUCAGCAACAAAGCAGCUAAUUUUAGGAACUGCGUCAGGAUGGGUUACAGGAUUUAUUACUAUGAAAAUUGGAAAACUCGCUGCAGUUGGUAUCGGUGGAGGUGUUAUUUUAAUGCAUAUUGCGAGCCAAAAAGGUUACAUUGACAUAAAUUGGGAUAAAAUUAACAAGAGGGUUGACAAAAUAACUGAUAAAAUUGAAAAAGAAACCACUGGGAAAUCUCCUGAUUGGUUUGAAAAAGUUGAAAGGUUUGUAGACCGUAAAAUGGAUAAAGCUGAAGAACUAUUAAAGAAAAAAGAACACAAAGCUAAACGUUGGUACAAUGAUUUUAUCGGAGAUGGUCAUUACCGUGCAACUGAGACACAUGUAUUUAUGGCAUCUUUUGUUGCUGGAAUCGCCCUUGGACUUAUUUGUGGCAAAUAAUUACCUAGUAGUUGGAGUAGAAUAGUAUAAUAGCUAAAGAAAAAAAUCUCAUAUUCUU